GAAUAUUAUGAUACCAUACCUUCCACUAUUCGCUCUCAUCAAAGAAUUUUAAUGUCAUGUGAUUCAACUAACAGCUCUCAUCAAACCUCCACUCCAUCCACUCCAAGACAGUUUGUCAGGUUUAUUGACACUACAACAAUACCACCAAAUGCCAAAUCACAACAUAUUGCAGCUGAAAAGAUCAAUUCAGCUGCAAAAAGCCUAGCUGAAUAUCAACGAAUGAAGGAGAUCGUUACAGAUGACUCAAUGAAAGUUUUGUUAUCGUCUAAAAUAAUUGAAGAACAAAAAAAUAUAUCAAUACAAAAUGCACA